UUAGAAAUGAUCCAGUGAUUGUCAGGGUGGUGUGAUGACACCAAGUUACUUUAUUUCUGAAAAGUUAAUAAUAAGCAGGGUGAAACACUGAACCGAGUCCCCACUGUUAGGACAUAUGUGCUGUAAAGGUCCGUGUAUCAAGAGAAUGGAAACUUUGCUUCAGCAGCUGACCCAUGGCAACGCUCUAUUCCUCAUCCUUGUUUUGGGAUUAGGAGGAAGCUUUCAGGCCGGCUUCCAUAUCACUGGACUGAGUUCUCCUUCGCCGUACAUACAGCGCUUCAUCAACAGCAGCUGGCAUGACAGAUACGAAGAGCCUCCACAGCCGCAGACGGUCACAAUGAUCUGGUCUCUUAUUGUCUCCAUGUUUGCUGUCGGUGGACUCUUAGGUGCCGUCAGUGUCAAAUUUAUCUCAGGCUUGCUGGGAAGAAAAAAGGCAGUGAUCUGCAACAGCUUUAUCACUGUUCUUGCAGCAGGAUUCAUGCUGGCAAGUAAAAAUGUCAACUCUUUCGAAAUGAUCAUUGUGGCGAGAUUUCUGUUUGGUUACUCAGCAGGCUUGGGAAUGAACACUCACCUAAUAUAUCUUGGGGAGAUUUCACCCAGAAAGACAAGAGGGAUAGUGACUCUGACCUCAGCCACUUUUACAUCACUCGGGAAAGUGUCUGGACAGAUGUUUGGGUUAACCGAGAUCCUUGGCCGCGAGGACACGUGGAACAUUCUCCUUUGUGUCCCUGCACUUUUCUCCUUUGUUCAGAUUGUGGUGUUGCCUUUUUUUCCUGAGACGCCAAGAUAUUUACUCAUAGAGAAAGGUGAUGAUAAGGCAUGCAAAAAAGCUCUCCAGAGUCUGUGGGGCCAAGGUGACUACCAACAAGAAAUGGAUGAGAUGUUGACUGAGCAGGCAGCCAUUGAAGCAGCCCCACCAGUGAGCCUUCUGCAGCUGCUGAGAGACAGGACUGUCCGAUGGCAGCUUAUCACCAUCUCCACCAUCUACUGUUGCAACCAGCUGUCGGGCAUGUCUACAGUUAGUACCUUUUCUUAUGACAUCUUCCUGGAGGCAGGUAUACCAAAGAAGAAGAUCCGCUAUAUCACUCUCGGUCUUGGAGUGGCUGAAAUUCUCACCUCUCUCACCUGUGGUCUUCUCAUUGAGCUCACAGGGAGAAGACCAUUGCUUUUCGGCGGUUAUGGUGUCAUGUCUGCUUGCUGGAUUUUUGUCACUGUCACACUCAACCUGAAGGAUUCCAGCUACUGGGUUCCAUACAUUACUGUGAGUUUGAUGGUCGUCUUCAUCAUGUUCUUUUGUGGAGGACCUGGAGGAGCCACACCAACGCUCAACAGUGAGCUCUUCAUUCAGUCUAAUCGAAUGGCAUCGCUCGUCCUCACAGGGCUGCAGCGGUGGUUUAUGUUUGCAAUGAUGGGCCUGGUCUUUCCAUUCCUCAUUGAUGCUCUCAGCUCGUACUUAUUUUUGCUGUUUGCCUGUGUCUGCAUGCUGGGUAGUCUUUAUACCUUCUUCCUUUUGCCUGAGACUAAAGGCAAGACCCUGCUGGAGAUCUCAGAGGAGUUUAAAGCCAUCACUGUCUGUGGGAAAUCCUUUGCAGAGGAAACGAGAACAGAGACCAGGUUGUGAUGAGGACCACGUAUAGCUACAGCAAAAAUGAGGAAAGAGGAAAAAAGCAAUUUUUCUUUCAGGACAAGAUUGAAUGACUGUGAAAAAACAUGCUUUGCAAAUAAAUGACUCACAAUGACAUUAAACAAUGUUACAAUUCCCACAAUUUGGAAUCUUUAUCACUUCAGUUUUUGCUUUUUAGUUGCUUCUGCUAUUUUCUGUUUGUCCAUAAAUGGUGACUGUUGUGCAAUCAGAUCCUGUACGAAGUUUUUUCUUGGCCCAUGUUUCUUUACAACUAACAACAACUAACCUGCAUAAUGGGCUUCCAUUACAAUUCUAAGAUGCAGUAUUAAGUAAUCAUUGAGUAAUGGCAUAAUAUCAUUAUGCAAUUUUCCAUAUGCCCAAACACCAACAUCAAUACAUAUCCUAGUAAUAAGAACAUGCAUUUUAUGCUCUUAAAUGCCACUAGUUUAGCCAGCAGCAAAGUUGGAGAAAAGGAGCGCUUCAGAGAAAAUGUCGUAGUGAAAGGAAGGCUCACUUUAUGAUGUUUCAUUAAACCCCAAAGGUGCUCUGUUGGCCUGAUCUGGUUACUGUGUCACGUUCAGUUUGAGAUGAUUCUGGAAACAGCCAUCAGAAGAUGGGUACACUGUGGUCAUAAAGGGAUGGACAUGGUCAGUACCAUUUUGUAGGUAGGUUGUGGCAUUUAAACAAUGCUCUUUUGUUACUAAGGGGUCCUGCCCAUGUCCAAAUGCACAUUUUUAUGUUUUUUACACCAGAUUUUGACCCUACUAUCUGAUUGUUGAAGCAGAAAUCAAGACC